AUGCCUCCAAGGAAAGACCACAAAUAUGAAGUGAAUGACAAAGUGUUAUGCAAACAUGGUCUCUACUUUUAUGAGGCGAAAAUUAUCGAGGUGGAAGAGGUCGAUGGCGAAAUGGUAUACUUGGUGCACUAUCAGGGGUGGCAUAAACGCUACGAUGAACGAAUCCGUCAAUCACAAUGCGCUGACUAUUUUUUGCCUCUUACGGAAGCAAACAUCGCCAAGGCGAAAGCGGAUAUCCAGGAGGCGACUUCAGCGAAGUCGAAACGAAAACGCGCUAAAUUGGAGGAUGACGACACGAGAAAGAGUGAGACUGGAAGUCGAGCAUCUACACCAAGUGACAGAGCAGGUAGCAGCUCGCAUGCACCCAGCACCCACAGUGAUCGCCGAGGACAUAUUGCCAAAAAUGAUAAUGGUUCACGAAAGUCUGGGGGAGAUGGUGUAGGCCGCAUUCCGGCUGAUCUGCUUGCACCUGAGAUCGACUCUCAACUUGAACAGUUGGGCAGUCUGCCGAAAUUGAUCAAGAACAUUUUGGUUAAUGAACAUGAUGCUGUUGUUAAUCAAGGAAAAUUGGCUAUCUUACCGUCGAGAGUUACUGUGCACGACAUUGUGGAGAAAUAUGUAGAAUUUGUGGAGUUACAUUAUGGUAACAAAGCAGUAGAAAUCGAGCACGACAGUGGUGUAACAUAUCUGGCCAGCAAUGAAAUAUUAAUUAGAACAGCGAGGGCAUUGCGAGACUAUUUUGACAUCCUACUUCCUUACCAGUUAUUAUACAAAUUUGAACGCCUGCAGUUUAAUACUUUGGCCAAGAAGGAACAGGAGAAGUUUGACGCAGAACAAGCGCAUUUUCAAGAGACAACACCGCGCAGGUUGCGCAAGUCAUCGCGCGAAGUGAAGACGUCAUUUCCCCCGUCAGUGUACGCUCAGAUUUUGGAUGGAGGUCCUCUCCGACCUGACAUCAUUCGUUCAUCCAAAUUUUAUGGUUUGGCUCAUCUGCUCCGCAUGUUGGUCAAGCUUCCUGCCCUUCUCCGUGUAGUCGCUUGUGGACAGGCUGGCUUAAUGGAUCGAAUUGCUUGUAUUCACGAUUUUAUUGCAUUUGUUCGUCAAAACGCUCCUUACAUACUUGAUUUGAGUGUUGACUACAAGGAAGCUUCCUCGGAAUAUGUUAAAAGCGUUGGGUCAAGUUAG